GGGCCACGGGCCGGCGGCGGAGGUCCCGGGAGCCGGCCGCCAGCAGAGACUGCGAGCGCUGAGAAGGCGGCAACAGGGCCCCGCAGCGGCGCGAGGUCCUGCUCUCUCCCAGGGCCCUGUGGAUGUGUGUAAGGGGCCUGCCCCUGGGCCCAGAUGACACUCAUGUCGAUGGCUUCGGUGAUGGCAGUGACUGAACCAAAGUGGGUCUCGGUCUGGGGCCGCUUCCUGUGGGCGAUGCUGCUGAGCAUGGUGCUGGGCUCCCUGCUGGCCCUGCUGCUGCCGCUGGGGACAGUGGAAGAACACUGUCUGACUGUGCUCAAGGGCUUCUACCUGCUCAGGAGCAAGCUGGAGCGGGCACAGCCCGCGGUCACCAGGUGCACCAGGCCGUCCACGGAGCUCAGUCUCACCUCCAGGGGUGCGGCGCUGCUGGCGGUCAAGACCAAGGCCUCCCCAGCAGGCAAGUUGGAGGCCAAAGCAGCUCUGAACCAGGCCCUGGAGAUGAAACGGCAGGGCAAGCGGCAGAAGGCCCACAGGCUCUUCCUGCACGCCCUCAAGAUGGACCCGGGCUUUGUGGACGCGCUCAACGAGUUCGGCAUCUUCUCGGAGGAGGACAAGGACAUCAUCCAGGCGGACUACCUGUACACCCGCGCGCUGACCAUCGCGCCCCACCAUGAGAAGGCGCUGGUCAACCGCGACCGCACGCUGCCGCUGGUGGAGGAGAUCGACCAGCGCUUCUUCAGCAUCAUCGACAGCAAAGUGAAGAAGGUCAUGUCCAUCCCCAAGGGCAACUCCGCGCUGCGCCGGGUGAUGGAGGAGACCUACUACCACCACAUCUACCACACGGUGGCCAUCGAGGGCAACACCCUCACGCUCUCGGAGAUCAGGCACAUCCUGGAGACGCGCUACGCGGUGCCGGGGAAGAGCCUGGAGGAGCAGAACGAGGUCAUCGGCAUGCACGCGGCCAUGACGUACGUGAACACGACGCUGCUGUCCCGCGUGGGCUCCGUCAGCAUCGGCGACGUGCUGGAGAUCCACCGGCGGGUGCUGGGCUACGUGGACCCCGUGGAGGCCGGCCGCUUCCGCGCCACGCAGGUCCUGGUGGGCCACCACAUCCCGCCCCACCCGCAGGAGGUGGAGAAGCAGAUGCAGGAGUUUGUGCAGUGGCUCAACUCGGAGGACGCCAUGAACCUGCACCCUGUGGAGUUUGCGGCCCUGGCCCACUACAAGCUCGUCUACAUCCACCCCUUCAUCGACGGCAACGGCAGGACCUCGCGCCUGCUCAUGAACCUCAUCCUCAUGCAGGCGGGCUACCCGCCCAUCACCAUCCGCAAGGAGCAGCGAUCCGAAUACUACCAUGUGCUGGAGGUCGCCAACGAGGGCGACGUGAGGCCCUUCAUCCGCUUCAUUGCCAAGUGCACGGAGACCACCCUGGACACCCUGCUCUUCGCCACCACGGAGUACCCGGUGGCACUGCCAGAGGCCAGACCCAACCUCUCUGGGUUCAAGGAGACACUGCCGGUGAAGCCCUAACGCUGUAAAUCCCUCCUUGGUGGCAAGGGAUGUCCCAGCGGAGGAAAAAAAAAACACAUUUCUAGAAACCUAGUCAUCUCCCAGAGCAGAAGGAGAUGGGUAAGAAACUGAAAACAUUCUUUACCUCCAAAUGUCUCUUUAAAGAAGAAAACUAAAUUAUUAAGCCUUGUCCCCAAGAUAACUUAUAACUGAGCCAAGUUAUUUAUUUUCCUUUGAGCUGGCACACGUGUGGUGUCUGCUGGUGGCCCUGACCCCUGGGGUGGUCCCAGCGGCUGUGACCAGAACCCAGGUUCUGGAGCGAAAUUUGCACUAAGGUGAGGAGUGUGGGCUGAGGCCUGGAGGAGUAACUCCUCCCAGCACUUUCUGGAACCGGCUGAGAGGGUCUGUGCCUCCCUGGGGCGGUCGCAGUUGAGAAAGGGCUGAAAGCUUGCUUUCUUACAGGCAUUGGCUCCCCUACAGAGAGCUUAGUGUUGUGACUGAUCUUACUGGUAGAGCAGACUUCUGAGACAGGAAGCGAGCGUUCACCAUGUCUCUAGUUAGACACCUUGCUUAGUCCAAGGAACAUGCUUUGAGCCACAGUUGCCAAACGCUGGUACCAGAGGUGGCUGUUUUCUGAUUAAGAACAGGGGUGUGGCUAGCCUGGUUUCUAUUGAUGUUUCUCGUAUUCGCAGCAAUUCAGACCAGAUGUUUUAGUCUAAAGGUUCUCUGGGUUUGUCACCCGACAGUUAAAUCCUGCUGCAAAUCAAGUGUUAGGAUCCAUUGAAGACAGAUGGCAAGUCAGUGCCAGACAAGUGUUUGUGAUGAGUUAGGACGCCGCUCUGUAGGAACCAAGAAACACCCUUGACCGCAGCCAGGAAGCAUCCCUCUCGUCCACUUACCUGCCCCACAGCCCCUGUCCCCUCGGGGGAAGCAGCAUAGAUUGCCUUGGCAUGGCCUUAUUUUUCUAGCAACUUGUAAAAAGAUGAAAUGUUACAUGUAACACACCCACACUGUCGUUAUGGAGGCAGAGUCUUUUCAAUCAUUACCUGGCACAGAUGCCAACACAACUGCUGCCGCUGAGCCCUGAGGGUGGACACCAUCGAGCCCGUUUUGCAGGGACCGAGCUGGUGGUGUCCAGCCCUGGACUGUCAGCGUCUGAACGAGGGUGAAUGCCCACUGAGUGUUGUGUGAGGAGACAGUUCAGAUCCUGACGGUAAUGAGGACCCUCUUCUGAUAACAAGCAGAGCAGUUUUCUAAAAGAUAAGUGAAAAGAUGUACGAAAUGGCCCCAAAGGAGUUAUUCUGACCUUGAUAAAAGAUAUUUUUCUAUUGGUAUGCCAUGAUAUUUCUUAAACCCUAACUCUUCUGCCGUUCUGCGUUUUGUAAGCACACCGGGGAAGCGUGGCUGAGGGCUGGCUCUGUGCUGGAGGGAGAGAUCUGCACUUUAGCUAGAUGUGAAGGUGUUAUUUUAAGACAUUACUAAUAAAGUAUUUUGUUACAUUAA